UCCAUUACCUCGCUUCCGGCCAUCGUUCUAGAUCAGCGCAGUGUUUCCAUCCACCUGUCAAACAAAUCCCUAGGACGUGUGCAGUCUGAUCCUACUCUUUGUACAUCCUUCCUACCGACGACUGCUGUAUAACAUCUGCCACAAUGAGCGCCACCAAAGCGCAGUCUCAAAAGAUCUUUGAGAAACUGAAAUCCAACUCGGCCAACAAGAUAUGUUUUGACUGCGGCCAAAAGAAUCCAACAUGGUCUUCUGUACCUUUCGGCGUCUACCUAUGUCUCGACUGCUCCUCGAACCACCGAAAUUUGGGUGUCCAUAUCUCGUUUGUCCGGUCAACAAACUUGGAUGUAUGGCAAUGGAGUCAACUACGGACUAUGAAAGUUGGUGGCAAUGAGUCUGCAACAAAGUUCUUCCAGUCCAACGGUGGCAGCGCGGCCCUUGCCAGCAAAGACGCCAAAGUCAAAUACACUUCCAAUGCUGCGAACAAAUACAAAGAGGAGCUCAAGCGGAGAGCGGCAAGAGACGCCGAAGAGUAUCCAGACGAAGUUGUGAUCUCGGACGAAUCACUUCCUACUCCUGCCGACGGUGCAGCAACUCCUGCAGGCGAACCAGCCGACGACUUCUUCUCUUCCUGGGACAAGCCCACGAUCAAGAGACCUAGCAACCCUCCAUCUCGCAGUAAUACUCCGCCAGUUGUCUCACGCACUGCCUCACCCUUCCUCUCCGCCGGCAAUGCCAAUGGCUCAGCGGCACGACCCAAAUCCCCAUCUCCUUUGGCUGGGGCUGCCAAUGAUGCCGAAAAUGCUCUUCCAGCACCAACAGCCAUCCGUACAACCUCGUCAUCCGCCAUUCGCAAAGGUCCCUCCGCCAGCGCUGGUGCCAAACGGGCGAAUGUGCUCGGUGCCAAAAAGACACAAAAGCUAGGCGCAAAGAAGGUCACAGGUGACGAAAUCGACUUUGAAGCCGCCGAGAAGGCUGCCAAAGCCGAAGCAGAGAGGAUAGAGAAACUCGGCUACGACCCUGAGGCCGAGAAGGCAGAAGAAUUGGCAAAGAGCAAACCAUCCAGUUUCGGCGCCGCAGCUAAAGAAACACCAGCCAGUCUCUCCACGCCCAAAGCAGGCUCCGGCCCCAAUACAGGUCAUGCCCGCAGUCCGAGCGAGGUCGAAAGGCUUGGUAUGGGCAUGGGAAGACUGGGAUUUGGACAGAUUGGUGCGAACAAGGCAGCUGCAGCUGCCACCGCCGCUUCCUCCGCACCGGCGCCUAGGAAACUAGGCUUUGGAAGUGUCGGAGCCAGCAAAGCUCCCGUAGAAGACGAAUCCGAACAAUUCGCCCGCCAGAAAUUCGGUACACAAAAGGGCAUUUCGUCGGAUGAAUUCUUCGGCCGCGGCGCCUUUGACGCAAACACGCAAGCCGAGGCCAAGAACCGCUUGCAAGGCUUCGAAGGCGCGACGAGCAUUUCGUCCAACGCCUACUUCGGCCGGCCUGAGGACGACUUGACCGGCCUCGAGGGCGCCGGGGAAUAUGGAGAUCUCGAGGGCGCGGCCAAGGAUUUUGUGCGUAGAUUGGGCCUCACCGCUGGCGACGAUCUCGAGAAUCUGAUCAACGUCGCCGGCGAGGGUGGACGGAAGCUCAGAGGCGCGGUCGCGAGGUAUUUGAACAGCUAGACGCAUCGUACCUAAUUUCUUACCGACCGAGCGAGGCUUGCUUGGGGGCGCAAGGCGUCGGGCGAGAGAUAUGAACAGCGCAAUGUCCAGUCCAGUCUAGGCUUGACAAGCUUGUUCAAUACCUUACGGAGAGAAGUAGCAAUUUUGAUAUGAUCGUGAUUGAGGUUGGACUCGGCAUUCAUUCAUGAUUUGCCAGAAAGCAAAUGCAAUGCGUGGCACACCUUGAAUGGCACCCAG